AUGGAAAAAGAAGACGACGCCGCUGCUAAACCUGCCAGCAAGAGUUGGCGACGAAUCCUCCAGAUACGAAACCACCAGAACAAUUCUCCAGGUUUGCAGGGACUUUCGCAAAAUACCAUUUGGAGCAGAUCGAAAAUCGAGAGGGAAAACAAUGCGAAAGAAAAUCGAGACGUCUGCGAAACGAAGCACAUCAGCGAGUUGAGGUUCCAAAUCAAGGAAGAAGCGAAGGUAGGGAGAAACAAAGACUUGGGAUCGGAACCGCAGCUCAAGGUUUGGCUUCCAGCGAUAAGACUGCGGCGGAAUUCUUUAUCCUCCACUGUCUUCUCGGCCGCGCACGAUAUGUCUAUGAUUCCUUCCAGCACAAAUUGGCAGGAAUAUAUCAGGUUGAACCUCAUCUUGAACAAAGCCAUACAGAGAUUUGUUGCUAUGAGACGGAUACAGGGAAUCAAAAGGCCAGUGAUGAACAACAGAACGACCUUUAUAAAUAAAAACUUGUUGGAUUUAGGUACCAGCCGCAUAGAAGACGCAAAUUGUCGUUGGGGGGCCUGGACCUGCGUUGACGAUAUGCAUGGAAUUAAGGUCGAGUACAAGGAGAAAGAAUGGGCUGAGGACCUGCUGUAUCAAGACAGCAAAUAUGGCUGGUUCGUGCCGAGAAGGCCUAGCUCCCUACGGUGGUCCUGGACAAUAGAGGUCGAAGAACUGAGAAUUCAAGUCUCCGAGGCGACCAAAUCAUCGAACAGCGAUGACGGACCGCUAAGUCAUGACUGGGGAUGCAAUCAAAGUUGGAUCCUAGACUGA